AUUAUUCACUUGUUCAUAAAUUGAUUCGGCAUAAAUCGACAAAGACAAUCUCUCUUACCUGGUUGCUUGGCCUUGAGGGAGGGAAUUCGUCAGUCGCUUCUUUGCCGGCCGGCGGCUGGAAGUUUAACGGAGUAUUCAUUCUAUAAGGUUAUCAUAAAUCUUAGAGUGAUGGAUUCAAGAGAAGAUAAUGAAUGGGUUGUGGAUGAUCCCAAUGAUGUAAGCUAUUCACCAGUGGGAGAAAAAAGAAAGUACAGGGCCAAGAAAACGGAAUUCAUUGGGUGGGGAUCGCGGCAGCUGAUUGAAUUUCUGAUUUCAUUGGGUAAAGACACAAGCCAACAGAUGUCUCAGUAUGAAGCAACUUCAGUCAUUAACGAGUAUGUAAACAACAACAGCCUUUACCAUCCACAGAAGAAGAAGAAAAUCCUGUGUGAUGAGAAGCUUCAUUCUCUAUUUGGAAAGAAGACUGUGGCACGCAUUAAGGUUUAUGACUUGCUUGAGCCACACUAUGCUGAAAAUGAAGAGGAUUGGGACAAUUUUUUCUCGGACUCGGAUGAGAAAGGAGAGGAAGAUGCUGAUGCUGUGAAAAGAUAUAAAUCCUCAAGCUCAAAGUGGAAAUGUGAUGAAACUCCAAAGAGCUGUUUUGCCUCCAUAGUUCCUUCAAACAUUAAACUCGUAUACUUGAAAAAGAAUUUAAUUGUGCAACUUCUGGAGAAUCCGGAAACUUUUGAAGCUAAAGUAGUAGGAAGUUUCGUCAAAGUCAAAGCGGAUCCAAUGGAUACAUUCGCCAAGUACUCUUACCAGCUUCAACCAGUUAUUGGUGUGAAGAUGGGAUCUGGAUUAGGUGACGCAGUUACAGAGACUCUCCUUGAAGUCCCUACUGAUAGGAAAGAAAUUAACCUUUCUAUGCUAUCAACAGACAACUUUACUGAGGAAGAAUGCAAUGAUUUGCGAGAAAGAGUGAAAAAAGGAUCCAUCAAGAAACCUACUGUUGUGGAACUUCAGGAAAAAGUUCAACAGUUGCACGAGGAUAUAACAAAACAUUGGAUCAAAAGAGAACUCGAAGUAUUGCAAAACCUCAUAGAUCAAGCCAAUGAGAAGGGUUGGCGCAAAGAGCUCUUUGAAUACCUGGAUAGAAGGGAUCUUCUUGAUAAAAAGUCUGAACAGGAAAGAUUACUAACUGAAAUUCCUAAAGUAAUUGCUGAAGAACUAGAGCUAGAAACGCCUCCACAGGAGGGAAGUGACGGAAUUUCACCAAGACCAAGUCUUCCUGAACCGUCAAACAAAUUGGUUCAAUAUCUGGAUGUAAAUCAGGCAGUUUCUAAUCACGACGAUGGUGCAGUACAAAAUAACAAGGAACAACAUGCUAACGGAGAGUCUUCUCAUAGGCAAGACAAUCAAGUUCUAGACAGGCAUGCUAAUACAUGGGAGGAGGAUGCAUAUUCUGAUGAAGAUAUGGCGGAUUUCCUAUAUUACGAAGAUUCUCAUCCGAAUGCUGAAACUAGUGAGGACAAGAAUACGGUUGAGAAUCAAACUACUGAAGGAGUUACCCCGAUUCUCCCUGACAGUAAUGAUAAUCAAACUACUGAAGGAGUUCCCCCGAUUCUCCCUGACAGUAAUGAUAAUCAAACUACUUCUAGGAAUGAAGGAAAUGGAGAAGUGAAUGCUGAAACUAGCAAGGACAAGAAUACAGUUGAGAAUCAAACUACUGAAAGAGUUCCCCCGAUUCUCCCUGACAUAAAUGAUAAUCUAAUUACUUCUGGGAAUGAAGGAAAUGGAGAAGUGAAUGCUGAAACUAGCAAGGACAAGAAUAAGGUUGAGAAUCAAACUACUGAAGGAGUUCCCCCGAUUCUCCCUGACAGUAAUGAUAAUCAAACUACUUCUAGGAAUGAAGGAAAUGGAGAAUUGAAAACAGAACGCCAUAAUUCUGUAGACACCAUGACAAGAGAACUGGUUGAGCUGAGUGAUGAUGAUGAUGAUGAUGAUUAUGCUCGUGAUAUUGAAGUGAACAGAAGGCCUGAAGAAUCUUAUAGAAGGGUUGUGAAAUUGGUUGAGACCCCUGAACUUGUGAUGUGGCAUUACCUUGACCCUCAAGGAGUUGUACAGGGGCCUUUCCCACUGGUGUCCCUAAAGCGUUGGUAUGAUUACAACUACUUCCCUUCGAAUUUCAAGAUCUGGAAAACAGGCGAAAACCUAGGUCAAGCUGUCUUAUUGGGCGACAUGAUUCGAAUGAUAUUUACCUCGAAAUAGCUUUCCCCCUACUAUUUGCACACAAGAUUUUAACAAUGUCAUACCAUUUUUAGAUGGUUAAUUUUGGUUUUUUAUUUGCAAAGAUUUUGUAAGCAGAAGAUUUCUUCAUUGCUAUCUUUUAAUUGUUGGUAGGCUUAUGUUUAUUGGAAUGAUUUAGAUGAAAAUAUAAGUGA